UCCAGUAGGCAGGUCUCCUUUGUUGCGCCAGCGGCUGCAGUGUGUUAGGCCUAUGAGUGUGCCGACGUGCAGCACGAUGGAGAACACGAAGAAACGGCCGCAUCAAGCACUGCCGCUUGAAACGAAGCUUGAAAUUCUCCAGGAGCUCGAUGGAAGCGGCCUGUCCAAGACAGAGGUGGCAAAGAAGUUCGGUAUCUCCAAGUCGACGCUCUCGCGGAUCUCGAAGAACAAAGAAGCGAUUGAAAGUGCCGUCAAGAAUGGAACCUUUACGUCAAAACGAAUGCGGACGAUACCUUAUGAAGAACUGGAAAAGGUUAUUUUUUUGUGGUUUAAGCGUGCGAGGAGUGCGAAUUUCCCCAUAAGCGGACCCAUUUUGGAACAGAAGGCACGAGAAAUAGCGCUACAAAUGAGCAUUGAAAAUUUUGCCGUAAUCGACGGAUGGCUAAGCCGAUUUAAGAAGCGCCAUGGCCUUGUCUUUUAAGACUAUCUCAGGUGAGAGUGCCGCUGUCAACAGAGAAGUUUGCACCGACUGGCAACAAGGGCGGCUGCAGGAAAUUUUGCGGAACUAUGAGCCGCGGGACGUUUUCAACGCCGACGAGAUGGGCUUUUUUUACAAGGUGCUUCCAUCAAAGACUCUCGCCUUCAAAGGUGAAGCCUGUACAGGAGUACAAUGCAGUAAGGAUCGAAUUACUGUACUGGUGGGCGCAAACAUGGCAGGGGACGAGAAAUUAAAGCUGUUGGUAGUGGGAAAGUCAAAGCACCCACGUUGUUUCAAGGGUGUUCGAGACCUUCCCAUUAUGUACCAUGCUAACGGAAGAGCAUGGAUGACUAUGGCAAUUUUUGAAAACUGGCUACGGGAGGAAGAUGCAAGAUUUUCCAAGCAAGGCAGGAAGGUUGUCUUUAUCGCGGAUAAUUGCCCUGCUCAUGGCAAGGUGGAAGGAUUGAAGUCGAUCACUCUUGAAUUCUUGCCAGCCAAUGCUGUGAUCCAGCCAAUGAAUCAAGGAGUAAUUCAGAACAUAAAAGUUCUUUACCGUCGCCAGCUGCUUCACCGAAUGCUACUUUGCACAGACAAUGGAAAGAGCUACAAAACAGAUUUGUUGUCGGCAAUCCACAUCCUGGCCCAUGCCUGGGAACAAAUGCAGGAAACUACACUACAGACGUGCUUCCACCAUGCAGGCUUUGAAGCACAAGAACAAAUUCUUCAUGAAGAGGAAAUCCCUGCCGACGCUGAUGCUGAUGCCAUAUUCACUCAGGUAGUGCCCUCUGCCCCUUUUAUGUGGCAGGAGUACGAGGCAAUUGAUGAUAAUUUGAGCACCUGUCGCGAGGAGAGCCUGGAGGAACUGAUUGCUGAAGCACAAGGCGAAGAUCAACCCUCCUCCAGUGAUGAGUGCGAUGACCUUAUCCCGAGUGCGGUGGUGCCAGACAGUGCAGCUAAAGGAGCAGUCGAACUAUUGCAGUGCUAUUUUGAGUGUGAAGGGUGUCCAGAAUUUCUGGCAAGCCUGUCAAGCAUGGGCAUUUACUUCAGUGAAAAAGAAGCUCAAGCAUGCCAAGCAUACCACAAUUGAUUGCUUUUUCCCUGUCCAUGUAGACAAGUAGGGGUUAGUACUACUAAAAUAAAGUUGUGCUUCAUGAAACAUGUGUACUUUGCUUAAAUGAAACUUCUGAUAAAUGGAACACUUUUAUGGAUC